UUUCUUCAUUGAAAGUUGUUCCUCGAUCGAUCGAUUUUUUCGCUAUGGAGAUUCGUCUAACAACUCAAGAGAAAUCGGGGUUUUUCGCGCGCGUAUGGAGCUGGCUUAAGGCCUUGCCUUGUAGCUUCAGGGCUAAAGUUAUUGAGCUUGCAAAGAGCAUCAAAGAACUUGGAAAAAAUGACCCAAGACGAAUCAUUCACUCGCUUAAAGUGGGGCUUGCUCUCUCAAUUGUCUCUUUACUAUACUAUGCCAGGCCUCUCUAUGAUGGCUUCGGAGUCGCUGGCAUGUGGGCUGUUCUCACUGUGGUCGUAGUUUUCGAGUUCACCGUCGGUGGAACCCUAAGCAGAUGUCUCAAUAGAGGCUUUGCAACAUUAUCAGCUGGAGCUCUUGGGGUCGGAGCACAACACUUGGCAAGCCUCUCCGGAGAGAAAGGCGAGCCGAUCGUUCUCGGAAUCCUCGUCUUCUUAUUAGCUGCGGCAUCUACAUUCACUCGAUUUUUUCCAAGGAUUAAGGCGAGAUAUGAUUAUGGAGUGUUGAUAUUUAUACUAACAUUCAGCUUGGUGGCUGUUUCUGGGUAUCGAGUUGAUGAACUUUUGGUGUUGGCUCAUCAAAGAUUAACAACAAUUUUAAUCGGAGGAGCAACUUGUAUCAUUGUAUCCAUUUUUGUUUGUCCAGUUUGGGCUGGUGAAGAUCUUCACGAACUUCUUGUUUCCAAUUUAGAAAAGCUUGCAAGCUACAUUGAAGGAUUUGGAGGUGAAUAUUUUCAAGAUUUAGAGAGUUCUCAAGAAGUUGUAUCUAAGAAAGAUAAGUCAUUUCUUCAAGGAUACAAAAGUGUUCUCACUUCAAAGAAUACAGAGGAAUCUUUGGCAAAUUUAGCAAGAUGGGAACCUGGACAUGGCCGUUUCAGGCUUCGUCAUCCAUGGAAACAAUACUUGAAGAUUGCAGGUCUUGCUCGGCAAUGUGCUUACCAGAUUGAAGCUCUUAAUGGUUUCAUCAUCAACUCCGAUUUCCAAAUUCCACCAGAAUUCCAAAGUGAAAUUCAACAAUCUUGCAGAAAGAUGAGUGCAGAAUCCGGCAAAGCACUGAAAGCAUUAGCUUCAUCAAUCAAAACAAUGGCGGAUCCAUCGGCGGCAAACCCUUUUGUCGAAGCCUCGAAAAAUGCUGUAAAAGAUUUGAAAAUAACCCUCAAAGCUACAACUUUAAGUACAAACAAUAUCGUAGAUCUCCAAGCGAUCGUUCCAGCUGCAACAGUGGCUUCAAUACUCAUCGAAAUCGUUAAAACAGUUGAAAAAAUUUCUGAUUCGGUGAAUGAACUCGCAAAUUUGGCUCAUUUCAAGACUGUGGAAGCAACAGUUUCGCCUGAAUUGAAGGUGCAGCCUCAUAAUUUGCUGCACAGAGGAAGUGUGCAGCCUGUUUUAGACGGAGAGAUCAGUAAUCAUGUGGUUAUAGACAUCGAUGAGGCGUCAGAUUCUCCGGAAAAUUCUAAAGAAAAUGAUGGGAAUAUUUCUAAGGCAGCAAAGAAUGGAGAAAGAGUUGAAAUUGUGUAAAUAUAAUAUGUUAAUAGAAUGAAUGAGGUCUAGGAUUAGUUUUUAAGGGAAGAAUAUUUAUUAACAAAACCUUAC